GCUCCGAUUCCAGUCGCUCGUCUCGCGUAGACUUAUCAACAGCGUCUGGGAUAUCGAUCUCCAGACUUUUCGUACAGCGUUUGGAAAUCCGCGUGUAGGUACAUAUAUUUUUGUAGGUUCGGGUUUAGGGCUCGAUGACCAUGGCCAAUCGCUCCAGCCAGCGGGCUCGCGAGUUCAGCCGUGACAAUAAUAAUACCAACAGUAACAGUCACGAUAAUCGGGACAAUCGCGAUAAUCGGGACGAUCGUGGUAAUUACCGUGACUUUCGCAAUCGUGACAGGGAUCGUGAUCGCGAGCGCCAAGUGCCCACGGAUCCACCGUUCAUCGCCUAUGUGGGUAAUUUGCCCAAGGGUCUAGUGCAGGGCGAUGUGAUGAAGAUAUUCUCGGACUUUGAAGUGAAGAAUGUGCGUUUGAUCAAGGAUCGUGAGACGGACGAGUUUAAGGGCUACGGUUACGUGGAGUUUGAGACUUUGGCCCAGCUCAAGAGGGCGCUCUCCUGCAACGGUCGCAUCAAACUGGAUAACUUUUCGGCGCCAUUGCGUAUCGAUAUAGCCGAUCAUCGGCGACAGACCCCAGGAGCCGGAGGACCCGGUGGCUCCCAAAGUCUGGGCGGUCAGGAAAGAGGUGGCGGCAGAGGAGGCGGCAGCGUGGGUGGUGGCCAUCCCUACUACCAGAGGCGCAACUAUCGCCGGGAUGACAGCGUGGGAUCCCAUCAGUAUAGACGAAACGAAACGCGCAGCAGCAGUACCCAUCAAUUGUCCAAUAGCAGCCCCACCCAGAGCACGUCGUCCAUAAACUACCACCGCACCACGAGAGGUGGCUACAACAAUCGUGGUGGUGGUGGCAAUGGCAACGGGAAUGGCAAUCGUUACCAGGGAGGACCUCCACGAUCCAGUUUCGAUGACCGCGAUAGUCAACAGGCGUCCAGUAAUGGAGGAUUCCAACGCAACCGCAACUUCAACUUUAAUCGCACCUUCAACAACUCCACUGGCGGAAUGGGCGGUGUCGGAAGAGAAGGCAACGGAAACGGAGUCGGCGGGUUUGGAAUCGGCAACCUAAACGGAAACGGCAGCUAUAACAACUUUUUUCAGAAUCGCAAUCGCGAUCGCCGAGGUCACUACAAUCCGAACAACGCUGGCAAUGGGAAUGGCAACUUUGGCAGGGGCAACAAGAGUCCUGACUCCGUGGUCCUGGAGCCAGGAUCAUCGGGAACUGGUCCAGGUUCGAGUAAUCAAUUCGGGUUACUCGACGAUGAUGAUAGGCCCAAAUUGGUGCUAAAACCACGGACAGUGACUGCCCCUAUUAACUCUCUUGCUGAAACCAAACAGGCUGCUCUGAUUUUUGGCAAGGCCAAGCCUCGAGAUGAUAAUGCCACGCCCCCAUCCUCACCGCGCCAGGAUAUAGAGUCCACUGUGGACGCUUUAACCGAAGCCUUCAGUGCUUCUCGUCCUUUCGAAGGAUCUGCAGAUGCCCCAGAAGAUCCAGAUCCAUGUAUAAGCGAUGACUAAAUUGCGUAGUCCACCUUUAGCUGUGAAUAGCAUCCAUCCCGCCCUUUGUAUAUUCAAAACUUAUCAAUUUCGAUGACAGUCUCGGCGGGAUAUUUCAUUAAACUUUUCACAGGAAGUUUAUAUUUUAUUAGAUUUGUAACCAGUGAAGUUAGGUCGUACAGUUUGCCUUCUAAAUCAGCACACAAUCGCAAGCAAUUUGGUUUUAAAUGUAUUCAAAAUUAUUAUUUCCGCUUUACUUAUGCUUUUGUGAUUAGGAAUGCAUACAAAUAAGUAGUCAUCAAAUAAAAAUAUGUAAAUUCAA